GUCCUGUUUGAGGAAGUCUGCUUCAGUUCUUCACUUAAAGCAGAGCAAAGACGGUCUCGACAGUCUCUUGCAAACUGGACAAACUCGGAAGAUGACGUCUCAGCAGGUGUGGAGCUUCCUGCCAGUUGCAGCUCUUCUCCUCCUCCUGUCCGUCCACACGUUGGCUGAGGUGGUGAAGUCGAUGUCGGACUGUAGCCAGUUUUUCCUUGACCAAACUCCACCACAUGUUCCAGGCAUUCUGGAGGAUGGGAAGAUCCUCGAUCAGAACCGAUACAAACCCAUUUGCCAGACCUACAAGAACCAAAGGAGAUUUGUCACUCUCUACGAUACCCAAAACAAGAUUCCAGUGUUUUCUGGUUUCAGGUUUGUUGGAGAAGUAGACAAGAAGAGACCCAAAAAAUGUUGGAAAAUAGAACCACAGCUGGAGAAUGACUACAAGAACAUGGAGCCUAUAAGCCAAAAGAAGGAAUACAACCACCAGGCUACUGACAUAGAUUACCAGUCCAGCAAAACAUUUGACAAGGGUCACAUAUUUCCCAGCUCUUAUGCCUCAACCAGUGAUGAUAAAAUAUCGACUUUUACCCUGACGAACAUCGUUCCCCAAGCUGAGUCCUUUAACCAGGGCAGCUGGAACAAGAUGGAGAGGUGCGUCAAAUGCGUCAUGGAGAAGUACUGCAUCAACAACAAUAAUGAUACUGAAGGCUUUGUGGUGACUGGAGCACAACCCAGCUCUGGUAACUUCCUCAACAACAGGGUCAACAUUCCCUCUGCACUCUGGUCGGCCUUCUGCUGCUACAGCGCCAACGAGGAAGCAUGGAUUGCAAGCGGGCACUGGGGUGACAACGUUCAAGACGAGUCUGAAGAAAAAUUUCUGGAGACUAUCACUCUGGAGGCCCUGUACCAGAAACUGAACAUGUCCGACUCUGGGUUUAUAUUUUCAGGAAAAAAUUGUCCUCUCCAAACAACCGUCACAAAGUUUUACCCAGAAAUGAACGAAACCUGCUCCUGUCCAACAACCAGCCCUGGGUCUCCAUCUACAGCGUCUGGUUCCGUUGCACCUCCACCUCCACUAUGGAUGUGCCAAGAGUUUCUUCAAUUUAAUAAAAAAAAAACGUUUGGACCAAUAGAGGAGAGAUCAAGAGUUAUCACACAGCUUCAGCUGCGUCAGCUAGAAUCCACUCAUCGGGCCCGAAAUCUGGGUGCAGUGAUGGACUCAGACCUGAACCUCUAUCCAAAGACAAUUACAAGGUCGACUUUCUGUCGCCGGAGGAUAAUUUCCAGGAUUGAAGGACUGAUAUCUCAGCAGGAUCUGGAAGAACUAACCCAUGCAUUUGUCUUUCGUAGAUCCGUUCACUGCAACAUUGUUUUAACAUGUUUUUCCUUAAAAGUGGAUCAGACAGCUGCAGCUGAUCCAGAACGCUGCUGCCCGCGUCCUCAGACCAGAGGAGCGUCCUUCCUUCUCGGAGCUUUGCCUCAGGCUCUCUGA